AGUUCAGAAAUUUUUUCUCGGAUCACUUCUGGGGUAUGAGGCUUGGCGUUAUCCUGCAUGAAUAUCACUUUUCAGAUUGAUCAAAGAAGGAUGUUUCUGGAUGAGUGCUGCUUGUACUCGUUGAAGCUGCUCACAAUACAAGUUAGCAGUGAUGUUUUGACCCCUUUGCAAAAACUCAUAAUGGACAAUUCCAGUUCCUGCCCACCAAACACACAACAAAAAAUUGUUUGGGUGCAAAGAAUCCUCAACCGUGUGGGGUACCGAAUCGGUAAGCGACAACCAAUGAUACGAAUGCUUAGAAUUCGAACACGAGAUCGAUUUUUCGUCGCAGGUUAAUAACCGAUUAAGAAAUGGUUCGUUAGCGUUGCGUGAAAUGUUUGCUGAGCAAAUGGUAAGACAACUUAAUUUCUGACCAAGAUGCAAACGAAUAGAUUCAGGACUCACUCUGAACAUUUCUGCGAGUUGUUGGCAGGUUGCCCUGGAAUUUGCGUCCACAACCUGACGAAGAUCCUCGUUGUUCAUGAUUUUUGGUCUCCCUGAGCGCG